GCUGUAGUGUAGUGCUACCGGUAUUUGACUCAGACUGUGCAUCUUCACUACGACUUCAGCCUUUGGCGGUCUUGGAUAUUUCAUUCAAUGAGACGCGUGUGCGUGUGGCAAAUCAACCUCAGUCCUGCGUAGGAGCGUCCCGCAGACUUUCGUUUAUCUCUCUAGCAUGCAUGCAGUAACCAGAUAAGAGCCAUCCUGGACGUGGGGCGGUUUUGCUGUGGCUCAGAGCUCCGGAAUGGAACGACUGAGCAUGAGAGCGGCAGCAGCGUUGCACAACUGCACCAGGGACGAAAACUCGACAUGUGCGCUGUCGAACUACACCAACGUGCAUCGGCCCGGGUGGUUUGCGUACGGGCAAUCUCUCCAGGUCUCGACCACGUUCGGGGCGCUGAGCUGCGUGGGCAAUGCGCUGAUCAUCCUGUCGUUUGUGAUCUGGCCACAGCUGAGGAAGGCCACCAGCAGGCAGAUCCUCAUCUAUGUGUCGAUCUGCGAUUUCGGAUCGUGCUUGAUCAACGCUAUAUCGGGCAGAACCGACCCGGGCCAAACGGUGGGGUUGCCCUGCCAGGUGGAGGCAUUCUUCUGGAUCAUCUUCACUCUUGGAUUUGUCUUGUGGAGCACGUGUAUGUCAAUCUACUUAUAUAUGUCCAUAGCACGUGACGGAACGGCGCAGGCCAAACGCUACGUCAAGUUCUUCCAUCUCGUCUGCUGGGGAGUUCCCGUUGUCGUGUCGUCGCUGGCGUUUGGCCUGGGCGGGCUGGGUAACUCGUCGCUAUCGACGACGGUGGGAUGGUGCUGGAUUGGCUCGCGUCCGCUAGCCUUGGGGGAGAUGAGCUGCAGUGGCGUCAGCUUCCUGUGGAUGAUGGUGACGCUGAAGGGCUGGGAGUGCGUCUCCUACUUUGUCAUCCCCAUUCUGUAUGCGCUGGUGCUCUGGAGAAUACGACAAGAGACAUCUGGCAAGGGCAAGCUGCGUAUGGGUGCGCCAGUACAGCGUGCCAUUCGUGGCGUCAACAUCAAGCUAGCCAUCCUGCCUGUCUGCUUUGUGCUGAUGCGCGUGUGGGGCACUGUGCGGGUGUUCACCGACGCACUGCAGAGGUCCUGCAAGGUGGAACUGUCGCAGACGUCACUCGAUGCCCUGGAGUAUAUGCAGGCAGUAGGUGACAACAGCCAGGGCAUUGUCAACUUCAUCCUGUUCGUAUGCCUCACCGCCGCCAUCAGGCAGGGCGUCGUACAACGACUGCGUUCGGCCGCGCAGAUCCUGUGCAUCUGCCACAGCCCCGGCUACACAACGGUAGGGACGUCGACAAGUCGAGAGAGCGGCAACGGCAGCACGGUCAACAGCGAUGCGGUGGGUGAGGACGACGAGGACGAGGACGACAACGAUCUGGAGAAUUCCAUGGCGCUGCGGACACGCACCGCACUGCACCGCCACGCCGCAUCUCCGACAGGCUCUCGGCACAGUGGUCAACAGGAGAAACAGCUGCUAAGGGGCAGUGGCGGUGGACGGCGGUAUGGUACGUGAAUAACGUGCCUUUGCCAACUCCUGCAUCAGUUUGAUCCAAUAACUGCUCGAUCCCCGCGCACGUUAACGUGCACAGUCUAUUGCGAUUGAACUUGAAUCCAUGUAACGGAUUAGAUAAUGGAUUCGACAUGCAGGAAUGAAAAGAACGGAGGAUGAGUGAUAGGUAAUUCGCUGAUCCGUGUGUCCAUUCCCACCAGACUAACAUCUGUUGUAAAACAAUCAGGUUUGGAACGAGUACCUGAAGUGCGUAGCUCCUGUGUCCUUUAGCAAGGAGCUUAUAAAUGCUGCUGAUCGAGGUUGCAUAUCAAUUGCGUGCUGUGGCUGCAUACUGCCGUGAGCUAGCUGGUUGAAGCAUGUCACGAUAUACGAGUGGUGGUGAUGGGGUAGCCCCAUUCCUACCCACUAGUACCCAGUGCAUACCGUACUGUCAGUGACAUGAUACUGGAAUGUGAUGACAUCAUGUUGGAAUACAAUGACAUCAUUAAGAUAAGCUGAUGAUGCAAUGAUCUGUAAACUAGCGUAUUCAUGUAAGUUACCAAGCUAAAACCAUGCACUCCGUGGAGCAAUGGAGUAGUCACCUCCUUCAAUACGUCCUAUUUACGAUGUUUCUACUCCUCGGCAUGUGGAAACUGAUCUUCUGUUGAUGAUCCAUCGUUCUCAGUUUUAUAGCUUCUUCCGAGGUUGCCGUGACUAUAUAUAUUGUCCAAAGCCUUAUUUUUGAGAUAUUGCCGUAUUCUAAUCUAUAAGUUGAGUCGUCAUCUUCCAGCUCAUGGGUUGAGUUUGUGCUGAAUUUUGAACGCUGAUUAUUUAGUUGAUGGAUAUUCUUUCUGCUUUGCAAGUGAUUUUGAUUACAACAUGCAAAACGCAUGGUGGUGGGCAACACCAAUAAAAAGCCAUCUCGCGUCUUUUCUGAUUCUAUUAUCCUCUUCGCUGACAUAAAACUAUUUCGCUAAUGGUGGUAUAAUAUACUGCACUGCUGAUUACUAUUAGA